AUGGGUCUCACAUACAACGUCUAUCUCAACGGCAAGCGCAUCUAUGGAUGCGGCACUUGCAAGACACACUUAUCCAACCAUGAAGACAUCCUGAGCAGGGUUAGGCCUUCAACGCCUUCCACGCCUUCCACAUGGCGGCCCAUCAUCGAUCUGAGUGCUGACGAAGCGUUCCAGAACUUCCGUGGUCAGCAUGGGAAAGCCUACCUCUUCGAUCAAGUCGUCAACAUCACUGAGUCGGAGCCUAGCGAACGCAACAUGACGACCGGUCGCCACAUCGUCCGUGAUAUUCACUGUCGCCAGUGUAAGGAGACGGUCGGUUGGAAGUACGAUAAGGCAUACGAGGCGAGCGAGAAAUACAAGGAGGGCAAGUUCAUUCUCGAGGAGGCGCUGCUUGCCGUCGUGACGUAA